GCUCGGUGUCUCAUAAUGGACGCAGACUACUCGUCCAGCCUGGAGAACCCUCUGUACAGCGAGCUGAAGUACUUCUGCAGGAAGAUCCAGGAGGCCUACCAGGAGCUGAAGGAGGACCUGACACCUUUCCGGGAUGAUCGCUUUUACAGAUUGGCCCCCAUGCGUCUCUACACCCUGUCCAAAAGACAUUUUGUCUUGGUCUUCGUUUGCUUUCUGAUCUGCUUUGGCCUCACAGUCUUUAUUGGGAUUACAGGUCCUAGGACUAUUGCUGAGCAAGAGCACAAUGGUGAUCAGUUGGUUCUCAAAAACUUCUCAGUUAAGACCGGGCCCUUCAAUCUAGUUUCUUCUCCGCUCACCACCUACAACCAGCAGCUAUGGCUCACCUGUUUGAUACAGGCUGAACACAGCAAUAUGGGAGACUUCCAGCAGCCUUUCGAAAUCAAUGUGGAGCUGAAGGGAGUGAUGCAGGACGCCAGCGUGAUUCACAUCAACACCGCGCACCAGAAAUCACGAACGCUACACUGCGGGGCUAAAUGUGAUGAGAUCAUUGUGCUCCAUCUUGGCUAUCUGAACUACACCCAGUACCAGGUUAUGGUCAGCUUCAAAGGCCUUGAAAAUAUCACGUAUGAAAUCAAGGUCAAGUUUUCGUGGAAAACGUAUAACCCCACCUUCUCGCAAGUGGAGAUCUGGUUCCGGUUUGUCUUUGUGGUGUUAACCUUCAUGGUGACGUGUAUGUUUGCACACUCACUGAGGAAGUUUUCUAUGAGGGAUUGGGGCAUAGAGCAGAAGUGGAUGUCUGUCCUGCUCCCUUUGCUGCUACUCUACAACGAUCCAUUUUUCCCGCUGUCUUUCCUGGUGAACAGCUGGUUUCCAGGAACGUUAGACGCUUUCUUCCAGGCUCUGUUCCUGUGCUCCCUGCUGCUCUUCUGGCUCUGUGUUUAUCAUGGCAUCAGGGUUCAGGGUGAGAGGAAAUGUCUGACCUUCUACCUGCCUAAGCUGGUCAUUGUAGGUCUCCUGUGGCUCUCAGCUGUCACACUGGGCAUAUGGCAAACGGUCAAUGAACUCCAAGACCCUACCUAUCAGUAUAAAGUGGACAUAGUGAACUUUCAGGGUAUGAAGGUCUUCUUCCUGAUUGUAGUUGCCUUCUACAUUCUUUACCUGAUCUUCCUGGUCGUCAGAGCUUGUUCUGAACUGAAGAACAUGCCUUACUCGGAUCUCCGGCUCCGGUUUUUGACAUCGCUGACCUUUGUGGUCCUUGUUAUAAGCAUGGUCAUUCUCUACCUGAGGUUUGGUGCCAAGGCUCUCCAAAACAAUUUUGUCGCUGCACUGUCUACUCAUUACCAGAACUCAGCUGAAUUUUUAUCAUUCUAUGGUCUACUCAACUUUUACUUGUACACAUUGGCUUUUGUGUAUUCCCCCUCCAAAAAUGCACUUUAUGACUCCCAGUUGAAGGAUAACCCUGCUUUCUCAAUGCUAAAUGACUCUGAUGAUGAAGUAAUAUACGGAAGUGAUUAUGAAGACAUGCCUUUACAAAACGGACGUGCUAUCAAAGCAACCGCCAAGUACCAGGAUGAGACUGACAGCGACUGAUGGGAUCCCUGACUGCCAUGUUGCUCCUCUUUUGUGUCCCCGUUGGAAACUAUAGGAAUAGAAAACAACAAAAUAUCAUGUGUAGGUGUAAAUAAGGAGUACUUGCAUUGGUGAUACAGAAUGCUAUACUGUAAGUGUACAUAACUAUAUUUUUAAAAGAAGUUCCAUGUCUACUGAAUGUACUGUACUUUUACUUUAAGUUAGGGCAUGUAGCCACUUUUUCCAGUUUGUAAACUCUUUUCCUCCUACCCAGCAGCAUUUCUCCACAAGCCAAUAGUCGGAUAUAAUCGGGAAAAGUGCCAAUAUCGAUUGGGGAUCUUUUUCGGAGAAAUCAAUGUUAUUUUAACGCUUUGUGUUGAACCACUGUUGUCUCCCUAUUGCACUGUGUGGUUUUUGCCAUUCCUUUCAGCUCUCUGACAAUAAUGAUAAUGCAUUUCUAUGGCCAAAGCGGAGUAAACCUAUACUGCUGGUAGAAAGCAAAAUAAACGUGUCCCACAGCAGCAGACUCAAACACAACAUCAGUGAUUUGUGGGGAAUAAAAAAGUGCCAAAGCAGUGUUGGCUGUUAACAAUCUUUUUUUUAUUCCAACAUAUUGGAAGAGGGAGCCUUAUCGCUGGAGUAGGCACUACUUCAUUUUUAACACUCUUCCGACUAAUUCAUGAAAAGCAGCUUUGUAAUUGCACUUGCGUAAGAAUUUAAUUUAUUUACUUAAAAGUUAGGACAUUGAUACUGUAUUAUCUGACUCCCUGGAUGAAUGGUGUUUGAUGAAUUGUGUGGAUUUUACACCACUUUAUGUAAAUUGGCUACUGAUUUAUCAUGAACAUUUCUUAUCCCAGCAUGUACAGUAGUUACAGUAUUGGCCAAAUAUAUUAGCUUUCCUAACAUUGCUUAGUUUUAUAUACUUUAAAACUAAUCUCUCAAUAUGUAUUCUAAUCAAGAUGGUGCCUUGUCUUUACAUUUCUUCAAAAAAUGUUCUGCAGUCUUGAAUUUGUAAAUGCUUUGACAUAAAUGUACAUUUUUGAUUCAAGGUGAUUAAGUGAUAUUGUGGGUUCUGAUGUUUUUGCAAUUUGUGUCGCUUCAGGAGAUAAAAGCUGUACAUUUCAUGUCACAUGUAAAUAAAGCAAAGUGUAUAUACA